UACACUUGUAGUUCGUUGAAGUCCUUGACUGCUACACUCUCUGAUUCUUGGCAUGAAUUUGGAAAUGACUUUUGAUGACCUCAAAAUGAAGCCUAGGAAGGAUCAGCCUGACCAGAAGUUAAAUGGAGAGAGAGCUAAAGGUCUUCACUUUCUUUCUUCUCGGUGGUGGUGCCCUGCUGCUGUAACUCUGGGGAUCAUUUGCAUGGGAUUAUUGGUGACCAUCAUAAUGCUGGGGAUGCAGUUAUUUCAGGUGUCUGAUCUCCUCAAACAACACCAAGCCAACCUUACACACCAGGAAAUGAUACUGGAGGGACAGAUUUUAGCUCAGCAGCAGGCAAAAAAUGCUUCUCAGAAGUCACAGGAGGAACUCAAGGAAAUGAUAGAAACCCUUGCCUUGAAGCUGGAUGAAAAAUCCAGAAAGCAGAUGGAGCUUCACCAGCAAAAUUUGGAUCUCCAAGAAGCUCUGAAGAGAGUGGAAAACUUUUCAGGUCCUUGUCCCCAAGAUUGGAUCUGGCAUGAAGAAAGCUGUUACCUAUUUCCCUCUGGACUAUUUAAUUGGGAACAGAGUCAAGAGAACUGCUUGUCUUUGGAUGCCCAAUUGCUGAAAAUUAAUAACACUGAUGAUCUGAAUUUCAUCCAGCAAGCAAUCUCCCAUUCCAGUUUCCCAUUCUGGAUGGGAUUGUCACUGAGGAAACCCAACUACGCGUGGCUCUGGGAGGAUGGUUCUCCUUUGGUGCCCCACUUGUUUAGACUCCAAGGUGCCGUUUCCCAGAUGUAUGCUUCAGGCACCUGUGCAUAUAUACAACGGGGAGCUGUUUUUGCUGAAAACUGCAUUUUAGUUGCAUACAGUAUAUGUCAGAAGAAGGCAGUUCUACUGAAAGCACUGUGAAUUUGAAGGAUCUGGAUAAAAAGGUCUUUUAUUCUGGAAGUUAAGCUAUUCUUCAUCUUCACUUACGUACAAACCAUGAGAGCCCUGAGAACUGAGGUGAUGAGCUGGCUACAGAAACUGACUGGGUUUUUUCAGAAACUAAGACUAGGAAUCCAGCUGCCUACUGCCUUUAGAUCCAGAGUUGUAGAUUCACUUUAUUUAUCAUCUAUCUAUCUAUCUAUCUAUCUAUCAUCAUCAUUGUCUGACAUUUUUCAGCUAGUGUGUCCCAAGCCUCCUUGCUAAUUUUCAAACCAUCUUCCAUUUUCUAUUUUAAAAUUUGGCUCCUCUCCAACCUUGGGAACCAUCUGCUCAAUUUUCUCUGUCUUCCCCCACCCUUCUAAUACUGCAUAGAAGACAGAACAUAGAGAACUUACCCAACUAUAGACAGAAGGCAAGAAAAGGGGAAAUGGACCUGGUAAACAGUGCCCAUGAAGGAGAACUAGAGAAAGACCGCACCAAAAUCAAGAAGCUCACAUUCUCAACUUAAAAGCCAUUGUCUUUUUAAUUUUGACCUAUUUCUAGACUCCACCAUUUAUACAUGUUCAUAUUCCCCCCAACCUUUACCACCACACACACACAUUUUGGGACAACUGUGGUGCCCCAGGAAAUAAUUAGUAAUUGCAUGGUCUUUUCCAUGUACUAAUUCACAACCCAUUAUCAGUUUCUGAAUCAGUUAUUAUUUCUUCAUCUUUUCUUCCUCCAAAGGACAGUCUAAUAGCUUUAACCCCUCAAAAUAGCAUUUGUUAGAAUCUCAGGAUAUAUGACCCAGAGGCAAAAAUAAUAGAAUUUUACCCCCCUAAAUUACAUUCUUCUCUACAACUCUCUUAUGAGAUACUAUGAGAAACAUAAAGACUAAAAAAUCAAGACACUCAAUUGUAGAACAAACUUAGCCAGAUAUGUAAAUAUUGCUGAAUAGAAACAGAUGAAAUUAGAAAUAUCUCUCCUAUUUUCAGAGCUUUCCACCCCCUACACAGGGUAUUUUCUUUAAAAGAACCUUUCCAUUUGCUAUAUAUAAUCUAUCAUCAUAUAUGUAAAUAUGUUAUAAUAUAUAUCCAGCAUCAUUAUACACAAUAUGUAUAAUGACAUCUGUAUGUUUUUUAAAUAAAGAAACUACACAAGUA